ACGAAAACACGGAAACUAAAUUUGUCAAUAUGCUUUAAAAAUUGCUUCAAAAACUUAAAUGUAUAUAUGUUUUGUUUUCUUAAAAUAAAAAUAAACAAGUUCUUUAACUUUUGCAAUAAUGAAUGCUAUCAUUUUAUUUUUAUUUUUGGAAUAUACCUUUCUUACUAAGUCAGUUUCACCAACGUUAGAUGUACGUUUAAAUGGACUCGAUCUAAAAAGUCUUUUAAUGGGAUCAAACGAUUAUAUUAAAAUUGUGGAUAAAGGUCAAUUAUCGAGUAUCAUACAGCUGCUUCAGAGUAAUUUUACAAAACAAUUACCCGCAAUUCAGCCUGAGCUUCAGCAGCUGCGAUUUCAAUUUCAGUCGGGAAUAAAGCUAUACUACUCAUUAAAACUUUUGUCAAGUGAUGUUACUAUAAUGAAAACCCCAACCGUAAAUAUACCUCUUAUGGGAAGACUGGAAACAAGCUGGAUAGAUUUUGAAGUUCGAUUUCCUUGCACAGAAAGUUUGACUGGCGUUGUAAUACUGGAACUUAUAAUGGACUUUUUUAUAGACGAAAAAAGAACCGAGCUUUAUAAAAGAAUAAAUUUAUCGAUGAAUCGAAAUUGUCGAAGAGAUAUCGUAUCAACACUUCCUUCAUUAACAAGUACCACGUCAACGUACGCAGGAAAUAUAUGCGAGAAGCAAUGUGAUAUGAAUAACUUUAAACGAAUGUAUUGUCUGUCAGAUUUUGUUGCAAGAUUAAAGAUUACAGAAGUAAACUUAAACAAUUCAGAUGGUCAUUAUGUUGCACACGUGACUAAGCAAAAAAUCUUUAGACACCCAACAUUUUUAAAAAUAAGCAAGCGAAAUCAAAGAAUUGAAUCUUUUAGUUUGUCAUUGACUUGCGAAUGUAAACCUCUAGAAAUCGGGAAAAGAUAUUUAUUGUUUGGCAGAGAAGACGUCAAUCAAAAUCUUCUAUUCGUUAAUAAAUACUCACUGGCAUUUGAAUUAUCUGAAAAUAUUGGUUUAUAUAAAGAGUUUCUACAAUCCUACAAAACAAUUAAAUGUCCCCCGUAUUUAAUGAGAUGGUUUAAUAAUAGAAACAGCAAGUGGUUUGCUUGAUCUUGUUUCUUUUUGAUCGUAAUUUAUUUUUUUAUGUAGUUAUAAUAUAUAUAAUCAUAAGAAAAAUUUUUUUA